AUGUUAAUAAUAAGUAUAAGAUUGUUCAGACAAUUUAGAUUUUGCUCAUCAUUAGAGGAUAUUACAAAAAAAUAAGCUGGAUGGUCAGCCAUUGCAAAGUAAAAAACAUAAUAGUAAUUUAACAAUUAAUAUUAAGAAAAUAAAUUUAUUUAGAAUAAAAAUUAUCAUAAGACCAAAAACUAAGAGUAAUAACUGUAGCAGAUACUUGUUGUGAAUUGGAUCUCUUUGAAUUUUAGUGUUUCCUGAGUUUAUUGAAUAAAAAUCAUUAUAAGGCUUAAGGAAUGGAUCUAUUUGAUAUUGAUUCUAAUUGGCCUGUAAUCGAAUAAAAUGAAGUACCAACUGGGCCUCCAAAAGAAAAAGAAUUUAAUUUUAUUAGCCUGAUUUCUUAGUCGGUAAUUAAGCAGUGUUGCUACUACUUGAAAUGAUGCUCCUAAUUAUGAAGAAAGGAAAGCAGAUGCUGCGCCUAAAGCUGAAGUAUAAGUAUUUAAAUAUUAAAAAAAAUAAGGAAAAAAAAAUUAUGGUAUAGAAUUAAAUGCUAUUGAUCCAGCAUUAAAAUUAAGAAAAUUUAAAGAAGUUAGGUAUUUAAUAUAAAUUAAUAUAGAUAAUUACUCAAUUUAGGAUUGA